UAUAUAUAUACUGAUAUGAAAAAAUAAAGCAUUGUAGCAUAAGGUUACAACAUGACAAUGGUUUAAAAAAGAAGAAGAAGGGGUGUGAAUACUUUCGCAAGACACUGUAUUUUUGAGGUUUUCUGUCAUAUGAUGGUUUGCGUGAUGAACAGACUGAAAUAUAAGUCACUGUAAAUCUACUGCAGCUCUCAAAUCUCAUUGGUUCUAGUCUGUCACAUGACAUAUUUAAAUACAGAAUAUUUAAAUACACAUGGCCACGCAUGAGAUUUUGGAGAUACACUGGAAGAGAAGAUUCUGAAGCAACAUGAGGGUGACUAAAUCUUGACAGAAGUGUCUUUUCCUGUAGAAUUAUGAUUCCUCAGGGUUUGGUGCAGCUUUUGAAUAAAGUACUGAUCUAACCAUGUGUUUGAGGUCUGAUUUUGAUUGUUCGUGUGAGCUGGAGGAGGAUAUUAGUGGACAUGUGUGUGCUGUGUGUUUGAACGUGAGUGUGAAUGGAAGAUUAUUGAGUGCUGCUCAUGAUCGGGGCGUGUGAAACGCUGAACGUCACAUCACACCCACCUGAGAGAAAGAGAGAGAAGAGACGGACAUCAGAGAAACCUGCAGACACGACAGAAACAAAGACGCGUACAGCAACCGAAUACAAAGAGCUGCAGGCAAGUGCUCGGAGCUGCAUGGAUACAGCGGAGAACAUCAGAGGAACAUCGAGUUAUUUUACCACAGUCCUGAGUUGGAUCAUGGGUAUGUUUAGGACUUGUUACAGAAGGACUUGUCAGUCUGAUGCUCCGUGUUCAUUUGGUGCUGUGAUGUUUGAAGAAGCUUCUCUGUCAGUUUUCUGCCGUAAAACUAAACGUUCCAAAAGGUGUUUUUCACAGCAAUUCCACUGAGGACCAUUUUGGGAACUUUUCAGUAAACGGUUCUUUUUAUUUUUUUAUUUGAAGAAUUAUCUAAAGAUCCUUUUUUCCACUAUAAAGUACAUUUGGAGAAGUUCCAUGGAUGUUAAAGGUUCUUCAUGGAACCAUCAAUGCCAAUAAAGAAGUGAAAGAAGAGCUCAGUUUUACGGGAAACGUUUUAAUUAAUUUCUUCCAGAUCCUCGCCUAACAACAGUGAUGCCAGAAAAGAAUGAUUUUGGGAAGCUUUCAGUGAUCAGUUCUUAAAAGAACCACUUUUUUCUUCACGUGAAGAACAUUUAAUAACCUUUUUCCACUAUAAAGAACCUUUUGUGCAAUGGAGAAGUUCCAUGGAUGUUAAAGGUUCUUCUUUGGACAACUGAAACCAACACAGCUCUGUGUUAUAGGAAACAUUUGAAUUUAUAUAUUUCUCCCAGAUCUUCUUACGAUGAGUAACUCGCCCAACGGCAGCACCGUAGCCGGAAGUGCCGGAGUAGUUUGGGUCACUCCGCUCCUGGGGGCCACCCUUGUCACCAUGUGUGUUUUGGGCGUGACGGGAAACCUGUACACCCUCGCCAUCAUGCGCUCGGCUACGUUACGGCGCGCCGGCUCUAUGUACGUCUUUAUUCUUAACCUGGCGGCGGCAGAUCUGCUCUAUCUGGGCACCAUCCCAUUCGUGGUCUGCACCUACUUCGCCCACGACUGGUUCUUUGGGGAAAUGGGCUGCAGGUUGCUGUUGAGUCUGGAUCUGCUCACCAUGCAUGCCAGUGUGUUUGUGCUGGUGGCCAUGAGUCUGGAGCGCUACCGUGCCGUGGCCGCUCCAUUCCGAGCCCGUCGCUCGACCACACGUAAUCACUGGCUGAUGGCGUUGGGAAUCUGGGCGGCAGCGUUUGUGUUGACGCUCCCCAUGAUGGUGAUGAUCCGUCUCCGUGAGGGACGUCCCAGUACGGUAGGCCUCGUCAAACGCAUCUGCUUCCCAACAUGGACACCGGAGGCUUUCAAGGCGUAUCUGACCGCGCUCUUCUUCACCAGCAUGCUCCUGCCCGGCCUGCUGAUGGUGGGACUCUACACGGGUCUCGCCCGGCAUUACUGGGCUGCCCAGGCUAACCUGACUCACGGAUCCUCGUCGUCCGCUCGCAGGCGCCGACUGAAGCACAAGGUGGUGGGAAUGAUCUUCUGCAUUGUGGUGGCGUACUGGGCGUGUUUCCUGCCGUUCUGGGGUUGGCAGAUGGCAAAGCUCUUCUCGUCCGAGUCGCUCCGCUCGUUGUCGGCCGCUGCUCACACCUACGUCAACUUCUUCGUCACCUGCCUGACGUACGGAAACAGCUGCGUCAAUCCACUGCUCUAUACACUGCUGACACGCAACUACCAGGACUACCUGGCCCAGAGAAGUCAGUCAUCAGGGGCGAGUCGAGGGGACCAGGGGUCAGCCGCAGGGGUCAACGUGAUCCAAGAUCAAACAGGAUGAGUUCAGGAGAGAGUUACAAAUUCUGGGUCCAGUUGCGUAAACAUAGCCACUAUGCUAAGACCGUGUCUCUGGGACUCUCUGGUCACUUUUGACCAAAAAACGUUACAUUUUGAAUUUUUACAAUUUUUUGCUUCAUUGGAAUGUGAUGACACUUGGUGACUUUUGUCGCAUAAGCUAUGUAAACAUGCAAAAAACAAAACAAACAAAACAAAACAAAACAAAAAACAAAAACAAAAACAAAAUAAUGGACAUGAUAUGCAUAUGUUACUUGAUACUUGAUAUCUUCAUGGUCAAAAAUGACCGACAUAGGAAGCAAAUGGGGAUGAAACUGAAACUUGGUUACUGCUGUAUGUGAACCCAUAAAAAUGAAUCAAUAAAUGUAAGGUUGGACAUGAUUCAGAUGUGUUAAUGGGUCGAAAAAUAAAAAAUAAUACUAGGUACCGUCAUUCUCAAAAAAUUCCCGACAUAGGAAAAGAAUGGGAAAUAUGCUUAUAAAAAUUGUAUUAAUAUUAUAUCAUAAAA